AUGCCAUACACUGCACCUUCACAGUCAUCGCCUCCAGCGCACCACUUCGAGCAUUCUCCCACCCACCAUGACUCCCGUGCUGCUUUAGGAUCUCCCCACGCUCGCCCCGACUGGCUAUUUCGAAGUCGGCCCUAUUCUUCGACCUCCUAUGUCCGCAAGCAUCGUAGGACUCCAUCGACUAGCAAGGCUAUCCUCCACCCGGACGCCCCCCACUCUCAACAUGCGGGCCCUCGUCCGUCAUCCUCCCCGGUAACUAAUCCGGACAUUCCUCGGGGGCCCAUCUCCCCGCCGGAUAGCUCUGCAAGUUCUAGUGAUGAGGAAUCGCCGAGUCCCAAACGCGAGAGCCUGAGACUGGAGGAGCUGGAGGCUGCCGUGAGGUCUAUUGAGCAGAAUCGGGGGUCUUCGCCAGAGAGAAAACUCGGAGCGUCCGCCCUGCCACUUUCGGAUGAGGCUCGCGAGAUUUCCCAUUCGCGUUCGCUGACGGAGCCGUCGGCUGUCCAGAGGCCGGAGGGGUCCGCCUGCAUUUCCCCGGAUUCCAGCGACCGAGAAGAGGAGAGGAUGACGCCCAGGGUCCGCAAGAAGUCGGGAGAGCUGGUGAGGCCCGCGCUGCGUCCACCCUCUCGACGACGACCCUCGAGUGUGCCGGGAACCCCGACCUACUCGAAGGCGGUGCAUUUCGACUCGCAGCUGGAACAUAUCCGUCACUUCUUACGGCUGGACAAACCCUUGGCGGUCAGUGCCGACACAUCGCCAGCUGAUGAGCACAGAACCGAGACGGAGUAUCCUUGCACUUUCGAGGGUCCGUCCUUUGGAUGGGAACUGCGCCUCCCAAACUUUCCCAAGGACCAGUCGGCCCGAGCCCAUCAGCCUGUCCGCCUUGAAAGGGUAUACCUUUCAUCAGACAAGAGCACACUUGUCGGCGUGGUAGCAGUGGCUAAUCUUGCAUUCCAGAAGCUCGUGGUGGCUCGUUUCACCUUCGACUACUGGAAGACCGUCUCCGAGGUUGGAGCCGAUUACAGCGCCGACGUGCGUCGAAAGCAAGUACACGAUGGCUAUGACCGGUUCACCUUUGGCAUCAAGCUCUCUGAUCAGACUAAUCUCGAAAAGAAGACCAUGUUCAUCUGCAUCCGCUACUCAGUCAACGGCCAGGAGUUUUGGGAUAACAACAACUAUACGAACUACCAGGUCGACUUUAUCAAGACUCCCAGGUCCGGUUCCAAGGAAGAAGGGUCGACGAUCAGACCUGCAGCGUCUCUCCCUCGGAGCAGAAGCUCCACUAACAUCCAUGAUAUCCGGCAUCGCUCGCUACCUGCGUCGUUUGACGACUUCUCGGAACGUGACCAAUACCAGUAUCUGUCGUUUGACCCCUUGCCCAAACCGGCCAAGAAAGAGUCCUUACCCAAACAAGACCCGUCGGAAGACCUGGUUUCCGAUACCCCCAAGCGUCGUGACUCCCAAACCCGCCAGGCCUUUGGAAAUCGCUAUGACUUUGGGGCGUCUUUGUCGGCUGCCAUGCGCACUAAGCCCACCGAGGACCGAACUACGUUGACGGCCAAAGCAAAAUCGGAAGACAAAUCGAAAUCCGAAUCAUGGAAACAGGAAAAGGAGAAAAAGAAGCAGGGCUUGUUCAUUGAUACAGCCUUGCCCACCACCGAUGUCAAUCGACAGGAGGCUCGCCCCGAAAAGCCUCAGCCCUCGGCGCUCGUGUCAGGAAAGCCGCAUCUGGAUUCGUCUGUGUAUAAAGAGUUGGUUGACAAGUACUGCUUUUACGCGUCUAAGGGUUCAACAGCUGCAAAGCAUGGCCCAUCGACCGUGAAUGAAGUGUCCACCUCCCGCUCAGAUUCCACGAAAGAUGUGCCUUUUCCUUCGACCCUAACACGCACUUCAUCGUCGCCCGAUCAGUCUCUCCACACAAACUCAUCUUCCAAUGCAAGACCACGGCUACCUCAUGCAGCGUCUAUGUCGUCUGUUGGUCUGGGCUCCCACCCGUCGUCAUCACCCGUUGCUUUUGGAUAUCCAUAUCAAUCUGCACAAAGGCGUUUUCUGACAGAAUCUCAGACUCCGGCGGUCAUCAAGGGAUGA